GAAACGAAGCAGUGGUUUCGAGACGCACGGAUCACACACAUACACACACUCUCUCUCAGGUUGAGAUUAAUUUAUCGUGAAAAUGAUCGGACAAAAAAGCAUCAAGUCAUUUUUCUCCCCCACCAGCAAAAAAAGAGUCUUUGACGAACUGACCGGAACUGAGGACGUGUGUAAUGUGAAAAAGCUGAAGGCUGGCAGUGAUGUGCUACUGAGUUCGGAGCAGCUCGAGCGGAUCGCCAGGAAUAAAGCGGCGGCUCUGGAGCGGCUGUCCGCCCGCUGUGGGCCUGCGGGAGUCGGGGAGAGCUGGAGGAGAGCACUGGGAGCCGAGUUCAACAAACACUACUUCACAUCGUUAAUGAACUUUGUGCAUGAUGAGAGGCAGAGACACACCGUGUAUCCGCCCCAGGAGCAGGUGUUCACAUGGACACAGAUGUGCCAGAUUGAAGAUGUGAAGGUGGUUGUUCUUGGUCAGGAUCCCUAUCACGGACCAAAUCAGGCUCAUGGCUUAUGUUUCAGCGUGCAGAGACCUGUUCCACCUCCUCCAAGCUUGGUGAACAUGUAUAAAGAACUGGAGUCAGACAUUGAAGGCUUUCAGCAUCCAGGCCAUGGUGACCUAACAGGAUGGGCAAAGCAAGGUGUCCUGCUGCUGAACGCAGUGUUAACUGUGCGAGCACAUCAGGCCAAUUCGCACAAGGACAAAGGCUGGGAGACGUUCACAGACGCUGUGGUGCAGUGGCUUAGCAUUAACCUGGAGGGCCUGGUCUUCAUGCUAUGGGGCUCGUACGCUCAGAAGAAGGGUGCUGCGAUCAAUAGAAAACGACACCACGUCCUCCAGACGGUUCACCCGUCCCCGCUGUCUGCACACCGUGGCUUCUUUGGAUGCAAGCAUUUCUCAAAGACCAAUGAACUGCUGCUGAAAUCUGGGAAAAAACCCAUAGACUGGAAAGCACUGUGAGUUUAGUGAACGUGCAGGGUUAAGGUGAACAUUCAGUUCAUAGUAAGCUCCUUUUUUUUUUUUUCUGUGGUUAUCCACAGUUGUACACUAUUUUACACUGGACCUUUUCUCCAGGCCAUCCUCUGUUGUGGUUUCUUUUUCUUCCCCCUUUUAGAACAAAGAUGUUUUCACAAUAACAGUAUUUUUGUAUGUUUGGACAGUUCAUUUGCAGUGCUGUUUUUGAUGUAUUUGGGAUGGGAGGAUCUCCCCCCUAUACUUUUUUGCACUUUUUAUAAAAACUUUCUGUACAUUUUACAAAAGGUUUUUCUUAAUAAACUUGAUAAAAGUG